AAAAAACAAAAGGGAAGAAGCGAAGAACGAAGUAGACGAUGAAGAAAGGUGGAUUUAGCAAUAAUCUCAAGCUCUCGAUUCCUGUUGCUGGCGAGCAAUCCAUUACCAAGUUCCUGACGCAGAGCGGUACGUUCAAGGAUGGAGAUCUGCGAGUAAACAAAGAUGGAGUUCGAAUCAUCUCUCAAUUGGAGCCUGAAGUUCUGUCUCCAAUUCUGCCAGCUGAUGAUCAGCUGAGCUUGUCGGAUUUGGAUAUGGUUAAAGUCAUUGGAAAAGGAAGCAGUGGUGUUGUUCAGUUGGUUCAACACAAAUGGACUGGCCAAUUUUUUGCGUUGAAGGUCAUUCAACUAAAUAUCGAUGAAGCAAUCCGCAAGGCAAUUGCACAGGAGUUGAAAAUAAAUCAAUCGUCACAAUGUCCAAAUCUUGUUACCUCGUACCAAUCAUUUUACGACAAUGGCGCAAUCUCACUAAUUUUGGAGUACAUGGAUGGAGGAUCUCUUGCAGACUUUCUCAAAUCAGUUAAAGCCAUCCCUGAGUCAUAUCUUUCUGCCAUCUUUAGACAAGUGCUCCAAGGACUGAUCUAUCUUCAUCAUGAUAGGCAUAUUAUCCACCGUGACUUGAAACCAUCAAAUUUGUUGAUCAACCACAGAGGAGAAGUCAAAAUAACUGACUUUGGUGUGAGUACCGUUAUGACAAACACCGCAGGUUUAGCAAACACAUUUGUGGGAACUUACAAUUAUAUGUCUCCAGAGAGAAUUGUUGGAAACAAGUAUGGUAACAAAAGUGAUAUAUGGAGCUUGGGACUAGUAGUGCUCGAAUGUGCAACAGGAAAGUUCCCUUAUGCACCUCCAAAUCAAGAGGAAACAUGGACCAGUGUUUUCGAGUUGAUGGAAGCCAUUGUUGACCAACCGCCACCCGCACUUCCUUCAGGAAGUUUCUCCCCUGAGUUAUCUUCAUUCAUCUCCACAUGUUUGCAGAAGGAUCCGAACAGUAGAAGCUCUGCUAAGGAACUAAUGGAACAUCCUUUCUUGAACAAAUACGACUACUCAGGGAUCGAUCUGGCGUCCUACUUCACAGAUGCAGGGUCACCCCUUGCAACACUUGGGAAUCUGUCCGGUACGUUCUCCGUUUAAACUACAGGGAGACAGACAUAGUAUCACCAGUCCUGAGUAUCACCAUCUGGUUCCUGUUAUCAUCUGAGAUUUCCUGUGUUUAACUUCCAAUGAAAAGAAAUGCUCUUAUUAUAUAUUUAUAGAUAUAUUUAUUCGAUGUAUUUUAAGAUUAUAGAUAUAUAAUCAAAUGAGAUUGUUUUUGAAAAAAAAAUUCACUUAGAAUUCAUAUCUUGUGAUACUUUA